AUGGCAGCAGCAGGAGGCCCUGAGAAAGAUGAUCAAGGGAAGCAAGGCAAGUUCUCUACUUUGCAUGUGCAAUGCCUAUCAAUUGAUGAUAAUAAAUAUAAAGGUGGGAUUUACAUGGUUUUAGAAUACAUGGACCAUGAUUUGACUGGUCUUGCUGAUCGUCCUGGGAUUAGAUUUUCAGUUCCACAAAUUAAGUGCUACAUGAGGCAGCUUCUGACAGGGCUUCACUAUUGCUCUAAUCUUCUUAUAGACAAUGAGGAGUUGCUUCUUGGGUCAACAAAGUAUGGUCCAGCUGUUGAUAUGUGGUCUGUUGGUUGUAUCUUUGCUGAACUUCUGCAUGGAAAGCCAAUUUUCCCUGGGAAAGAUGCGCCUGAACAACUAAAUAAGAUUUUUGAGCUGUGUGAAGCUCCAGAUGAGUCUAACUGGCCUGAGGUUUCAAAGAUUCCUUGUUUUGACCGCCGUGCCUUGGAGUUGCUGGAGAGAAUACUGGUCCUCGAUCCUUUACAGUGUUUAGCAUCAUCAUUUUACGAUGCUAUUGUUAAACAGAGAAUUUUGGCCAAGGAUGCACUUGAUGCUAAGUAUUGCUGGACCGACCGACCGCCAUGGCCCAAUCAGCCCAUGCAUAGUUCUCAGCCCCCAGUUGGAGGUCCUGGCCAUUAUGGGAGGCCUCAUGGACCUGCUGGUGGUCAAGGUAGAUACCCUCAAAGUGGAACAAGUGGGGGAUACAACCACCCAAGUCAUGGUGGUCAAGGCGGAGGAUGUUGUGGUAGUGGUCCAUAUCCUCCACAAGGACGAGCCCCACCAUAUCCUUCUGGUGGCAUGCGUGGUGGUGCUCCACGUGGUGGUGGGGGUAGUGGAUAUGUAGUUGGUGGUCCAAAUUAUCCUCAAGGUGGUCCAUAUGGUGGUUCUGAUGCUGGAUGUGGCGCAAACAUGACGGGAGGAAACCGCAACCAACAAUAUGAGCAACCAGGAUGUGGAACUCUGGCUGAAAGAAUUAGCAGUGGAAUCGAUGAGCCUGUAAAACAAAUUCGAGUAGUAAUAAAGAGGAACUUAGCAUCAGAUUUAUCUUCAAUUCGUCUCUCUAGUAUCAGUGAAGCUGAACAUCUCAAAAUUAUCAGUGGGUGGGAGAAUCUUCCAACGGAUUUGUUAAUUGAAAUCGUAGAUUUCGUUAUAUUGUAUGCCGAUAAAGUUCGAUUUCGUUCCGUUUGUAAGUCAUGGAAAUCUGCCUUACCAAGGAUGCCUAACCUCAGACAACUUCAGCUUCCUUGGUUAUUGCAUCCAUGCAGAGAAGAAGCUAGUCUAUCAUCCUAUGGACUAUUCAAUCUUUCAGACAGGAAGACUUACUAUCUUGAUCUACCAAUUAAGAGUGAAAGGAUAUUGUUGCGAGGAUCAUCCCAUGGUUGGACGGUUAGUAUUGAGGGUCCUCGUGAUGAAAUAUAUCUCAUGAACCCACUCACAAGGGUUAAAAUCCAACUUCCCUCAAGAUCAAGGUUUCCCGAUAUUAAAGGGUAUUUUCCUGAGAACAUAGAAAACGAGUAUCGUUUUUGGCAUCAUGAACUUGGCGAAUUCUAUACUCUUAAUUCAAGAAUGGUACGAUCUAAUUUAACGGAUAAGUUCUUUGUGUCAUCAAAUCCUAGUUUGACAGAUGAUUAUGUGGUCAUUGUCAUCUAUGGUGAGAGUUCGAGAUUGGCUUAUUGUAAACCUGGAGAUGAAAAAUGGACUCCUUUUCUUGAAAAUCUUGAAAAUUUGGCAAAUUUUCAUGAUUGCAUAUUUUAUAAGGGGAAAAUUCAUGCUUUGAUUCACAACGGAAAACUGAUUGUUAUUGACAUUCUUCCUGUUGAACCACAAGCAGAACAGAUAUCUCCACCAUAUCCUGUGUUAGAAAGUCCGUAUCGUCAUCCUCAUGCCUCCUCUUCGGUACCCUACAUAGUAGAGUCAUCUUGCGGGCUUUUGUUGGUUGAAAGACAAUAUAAAAUUUCAAGGACUUCUGAUCCGAGAAAGGAAUAUCUGAGUAAAACAGUUCACUUCAAUGUAUUUAAACUUGACCAGCUUAACUGUCCGAAGUGGUGCAACAUUACAGAUAUUGGAGAUGAAGUGCUUUUUAUAGGAUUUAACACUUCCGUGUCUAUAUCAUCCUUAGAAUUUCCAGAAUUGAAGAGGAAUAAUAUAUAUUUCACGGAUAACGUGAUUUGCUGUCACUAUGAAGGAAUCCAAGGAGGUUCCGAGAUUGGUGUGUUUGACUUGAAUAGAAAAAGCAUGGAGACAUUGUCUGGCUACAAAUGCGAUUCGAAUCUUGUUUGGCCACCUCCACUAGCUUGCGAUCUUUUACUUUCUGUUCUAGUAAACCUUGUUUCUGGGACUUGCUCCCUUACGAUUGCUGGCAAUGAUAGCAGGAACUUGACUUGCGCUUAUGUGCCUCAUUUCUUAAGACUGGGGCAGUUGACUUCUGAUGACUGUUUUAUAUGGCUUAUAGAUGAUAAUAAAGAUAAAGAUUUUCAGUUCCACAAAUUAAGGCCUCCAGAGUUGCUGCUUGGGUCAACAAAGUAUGGUCCAGCUGUUGAUAUGUGGUCUGUUGGUUGUAUCUUUGCUGAACUUCUGCAUGGAGAGCCAAUUUUCCCUGGAAAAAAUGAGAUUAUGUAUGAUAGUGUGGUGCCUGCUUUAGAAUUUUCUUGGGAAAUUUCUGUUGUCUAA